UACUCCUCUUGGCAUUAUUGCUUCAUCCUUUAAUGUGGGUUUAGCGGCAGCGGGAACAGAGACUGGCCGGAAUUUGGCCGGAAACAGCCCAUUCACGGCCAAAGCUUCAUUGAUUCGCUACUGGAAAAAGAAAGUCUCCACUGAUUUGCCAAGUUCCUUUUUCCUUAACAAAGCUUCCCCCUUGGACGCCUUGGAAUUGGCCAAGUUUUCAGAACUCGCUGGUCAACAGUCACUCUCGGCUCAGCUCCCCAGCUUUUGCAAAGCCGCAGAUCUGUUUUGCUUCCCGGAUGCGGCCACAAGUCUCGCAAAGCACACCAAAGAUGUCAAUUUCGCCGAGUACAAGUUCCAGAAUUUCACCAAUUACGGCACCGGUCGUCACGGCGGCAUUGACGCUUUCAAAAACUACACCAACAACGAAACCUUCCCAGACGACACUUCCGGCGCUACAGCCGUGACUCCGCCGGACACGACGAUCAGUUCACCAAUUACGCCGUCGGCUCCGUUAUAG